GCCCGGCCCCGGAGCCCGGCGCCCCGUCCAGCCCAGAGAGGGGCCGCGGCGGCGGGCCGGGCUGGGUAGGGCAGGGCGAGGAGGGUAGAAGCCCUCGCUAUGCUGCCCAGCGCCCUUUACUGGGACCUGGUGGGCUCCUCGGCUCUCCUCAACCUGCCGGCGGCGCCGGGCUUCGGCAACCUGGGCAAAAGUUUCCUCAUCGAGAACUUGCUGCGGGCCGGGGCGCCGAGCCCUGCCCAGCUCCGUCCCCUCCCCGCCAGCCCCGUGCCCCUCAAGCUGUGCCCCGCGGCGGAACAAAUCAACCCCUCAGGGGGUCCCUUCCCGGCAAGAUGGGCUUUCCAAGUGCUCAACCCCUGUGCGGCGGACGGCGGCCGCCCGCCAGCGCGGGCCGCGGCGGCGGAGAGAGGCGGCAUCUUCCCGCCGGCAGCCACAGCUCUUUCCAAACACUUUUUUCUCCGAGCCCCGCCAUUCUACUCAGUGUGCUGCGGUGGGUCCUGUCAGCACCCUGCAUCCCCCACUGCUUUUCCAAGGGAGGAAAGUGUGCUGCCGCUUCUGACCCAGGAGUCCAACUCCAAAUCCCGGAGAGGCAUAUUAAGAAGAGCUGUCUUUUCUGAAGACCAGAGGAAAGCUUUGGAGAAAAUGUUCCAGAAGCAGAAGUAUAUUAGUAAAACAGACAGGAAGAAACUGGCCCUUAACCUGGGUCUAAAGGAGUCUCAGGUGAAAAUCUGGUUUCAGAAUCGAAGGAUGAAAUGGCGAAACUCCAAAGAAAAAGAAGUGCUUUCUAACAGGUGCCUCCAAGAAGAAGGUCUUCAGGAGAACUACCUCUCACGGUCCACCAUGAAUUUUACCUCCACAUGCCCAUCUGUGUGGGAAAUGUCUGAGGAGCGGGCAACUCCAAGGUGGAGAGAGAAUUCUCCAGGAAAUUGUGAAAGACUGACUGGUACACAGCCAUCUCCAAGAGCAAAUUCAUUGCAGAGCCCACUCUAUUUGUAUCCUGACCAAGACACUGCAAACAAGGCAUCAUCAAGUGCAAGGGAGUAGGGGCAGUUUCUAAAUGGAGUGGGGGAGUGCAGGCUUCAAAUGAGCAGUCUUUUAAGAUUAACAAUAUUUGAACAUUGUAAAGCUAACUAGUUUAUGCUUCAAAAAUAUGCUAAAGUCUAACACCAUUAAAAUUACAAACAACUAAUGA